UUAAUCUUUAAGUCAGCACAGAAGAUUAGAAAACAGCAGGAGUUGGUCCGUGACAUCAAACUGUUGAGGUGGGACCACGCUGGAUAGACUGAGAUCUCUACAGUCCUCGAGGAGUGUGACACUGUUAGGUCACAUGACCUGGAAGAGAAAACCCAAGAAACUUCUGGGAUCCCUCUUUGAAUGGGCCGGCUAUCAACCUGGAAAGAAGUCUAAAGGCUGAUGAACUGAUUUCCAAGGUGACGCAGCUGUGCUCGUCCCCGCGGUCUCUGCCUCCAUUUAUGUCCUGAGCUCAGCAACCCAACGCAGAUCUGGUGACUGGUUGGCUGCAGUACCAUCACACUCUUCCUGUCCUCGGGGGACUCCUCUCACGUGACCACAGUCCUGUCUCACCUCCACUCCCAGCAUGGAACCCACCAAGAUCCAGUCAGAAGGAGGCCUGAAUGUCACCCUCACCAUCCGGCUCCUCAUGCACGGCAAAGAGGUUGGGAGCAUCAUUGGCAAGAAAGGGGAAACAGUAAAGAAAAUGCGUGAAGAGAGUGGUGCUCGCAUCAACAUCUCAGAGGGAAACUGUCCAGAGAGGAUAGUUACCAUCACAGGCCCCACAGAUGCCAUAUUCAAGGCCUUUGCCAUGAUUGCCUACAAGUUCGAGGAGGAUAUAAUCAACUCCAUGAGCAACAGCCCAGCCACCAGCAAACCCCCUGUGACCCUGCGCCUGGUGGUGCCAGCCAGCCAGUGUGGUUCCCUCAUUGGGAAGGGAGGCUCCAAGAUCAAGGAGAUGAGAGAGUCCACAGGGGCCCAGGUGCAGGUGGCCGGGGACAUGUUGCCCAACUCCACAGAGCGUGCCGUGACAAUCUCGGGGACCCCAGAAGCCAUCAUCCAAUGUGUCAAACAGAUAUGUGUAGUCAUGCUGGAGUCCCCACCGAAAGGUGCCACCAUUCCCUACCGCCCAAAGCCCGCCUCCACCCCCGUCAUUUUUUCAGGUGGCCAGGUAAGAGCCGACCCGCUGGCGGCGUCCGCAGCCAACCUCAGCCUUUUACUGCAGCACCAGCCACUGCCUGCCUACACCAUUCAGGGACAAUAUGCCAUUCCACACCCAGAUCAGUUGACCAAGCUCCACCAGUUGGCUAUGCAGCAAACCCCUUUUACUCCCCUUGGACAGACCACCCCUGCUUUCCCUGGUUUGGAUGCCAGUCCCCCGGCCAGUACUCAUGAACUCACCAUUCCCAAUGAUCUAAUAGGCUGUAUAAUCGGGCGCCAGGGAACCAAAAUCAACGAGAUCAGGCAGAUGUCUGGAGCACAGAUCAAAAUCGCUAAUGCCAUGGAAGGAUCAUCGGAGCGCCAGAUCACCAUCACAGGGACCCCCGCCAACAUCAGCCUUGCCCAGUACCUGAUCAACGCAAGGCUGACGUCUGAGGUCACUGGAAUGGGCACACUGUAAUUUCUACCCGCCAUCCUUCACUGCAUCACAUGACCCCCUUGAGCCAAUGGCAUUGCUCCUAGUUUCUUUUCUCUUACUGUUUUUUGGCUGUCCUGAAUUUUAAAUGAUAAUUUAUUUCUACUUUAUAAUGUAAGCAUAUUUAAAUAUUCCAGUUGCGUAUUCCUUCCUUUCAUUCCUCAUUUAUCCUUUGUUACCGACUUGUUGCGCCACACCAGCCUCCCUGUUGUUUCAGAGGACCCUGUACUUUUUGACACUCUAGUACCGUAAAUGUCACUAAAUGGCACGCAGCAUAAACUUCUCUGUGACUUUUCUUUCUUGUUGUUAUUAAUCUCUAAAUAUUUCUCUGUGUUGUGCAUUUAGGCACUCAAGAUCCUGCUUUUAAGAGGUGUACGCAGAUGGAAUUGCAUGAUUGUGAAUCAGACCUUUCGGGAAUAUUUUAAUGGUUGCUGAAAAGUAUUGUAAAA